CCAAGAGACUGAGGAGAUUUGGGGAUGUGGACAGUCGUUUUCUUCUAGAUUAUCCUUCAUAUCGAGGACACAACAUUUUUCAGUAUGAUACAUUACCAUGGCAUUCGUUCAUUAUUGCCAGUUUUUAUUGGAAUAGUUCUUGGAUUUACACUCAAUGUGAUGGUUUCCCCAUUUUUAGAUGAAACGUGUGAUCCGUCAACAAUAGGCCAAGAACAACUUGUUAAAUUGAGGGAAACAAAGUCACUCUAUGAAAACGAGAAAACAAGCGAAAGUGAACAACCAACUGUCAAAGUGAAAAAUUAUGAAAUACCCCGACCGCUGAAGAUUGAGUCGAAUCCAAACAAGAAACCUGUUCGGUCAAGAUUUGUGGCUACAGAACUUGGAAUCAGAGAGAAACUCUUUGUAGCAGUGUUAACAAGUCAGGACACUGUCAAUUCAUUUGCCCUUGCCGUCAACAAAACCACAGCCCAUUAUGUGACAAAACAAAUGUACUUCAGCACGUCAAAAUCAGGAAAUGUUCCAGCUGGAAUGCCCCUUGUUAGCUUUUCCGAUAAAAACAGCAAACAUUUACCUCUUCACGUGCUGAAGUACAUAUCGGAACAUUUUUCUCACACUUAUGACUAUUACAUGUUUAUUACUGACAGGACAUACAUUCGAGCUGAGAAGAUUAUUGAACUUGUCAGCCAUAUCAGCAUCAGUGAGGAUAUUCAUAUGGGCGCCGUCAAUAUUCAUGCUGAAAAUAAUCCUGACAUGUGUUCUCUAGAAGGAGGUGUUAUUAUAUCACAGUCAGUUCUCCAGAAAGUACUGGCUGGUUUAGAUUGGUGCCUGACAAAUUCACCCGAGGCAAACCCCAGCGAGAUCUUCGGUCAGUGCCUGUAUCACUCGACUAAGCUGCCUUGUUCAAAGCAUGGAGGGGACAAGGAGUACCGUCACUACAAGGUGGAAGACUUUGAUUAUGACGACGACAUUUCAACACUCCGAGAAGACGGGCGAUUUAAUUCCUCGUUCUCCGUUUAUCCCAUGCCCGACGAUCUGUCAUUAUUCAAAGUCCACAGGUACUUCUGCCAGCUGGAGGUUAAUUUGACCAGACAGGAGAUAAACAAAGCCAAGGAGAGCAUUAUUAACCUGAGUUACUACACCGUGGACGGAAUCGACUCCUUGUCUUGGCCAAUCGGUACACCUGAGGCCACCAGACCAAAAAAGAGAUUUGAUGUCAUAAGAUGGAACUACUUCACUGAGUCUCAUAUCUUCUUUGAGGAUGACUUUACCAAUAUGAGUCCUCUGAAUGGAGUUGACAAGCAAGAUGUCCAAGAGGUCCUGCAGACAGCCUUUAAAAGAGCUAAUAGACUUUAUGACAACAAAUUCAGCAAAUUUCAGUUGAUCAAUGGAUACCGGCGGUUCGAACCUUCGCGUGGUAUGGAGUACCAGCUUGAUUUGAAGUUGCGAGAGAAGGACACAAAUAUUGACGUAUUGAAAAGAUUUCACCUUCUACGACCCCUCAACAAACCUGAACUGGUUCCCAUGCCCUACGUUACAGAAACGUCUCAGGUUUUCCUGAUUCUCCCACUUUUUGAAAAAGACGUGGCAGACGGAUUGCAUUUCCUCGGAGAAUUCCAGAGAAAUGCCAUCCAAAUUAAAGACAAUUCCGUCUUGUGCCUUUACUUGAUUUACAAGAAGGAAAAAUUCUCCUCGGAUCCCUUUGUGAAUGUGAAGUCGACAGUCGCCUCGAUAACGUCCCAGCCAAAUUCGAACAAUAAGAUCAUGAUGAAAAGUGUGGAGAUGAAUUUGUUUUCCAUCAAAGAAAUGGAAUUCUAUGAUGUGAUUGUUUCUGACUUUAGUGCCAGCACUUUGGUAUCCAUGGUAACUCCAGGUAUGGAACUGGAGCUGGAUUACAUUAACCGGAUACGCAUGAAUACGAUCGCAGGCGUACAGAUUUAUUUCCCGAUCUCUUACUGGCAGUACAAACCGAAUUUAGCAUAUGACCAAAAACCUUACCCAGACAUGGUCGAGUUGACCCAAAAAUAUGGCCAUUUUGAACCUCUAUCUUUCUUUCACUGCUCGUUUUACGUGUCGGAUUUCCAGAAAGCUAGGCGAUCUUUGACCGCCAAUGAAGUUAAACACUUCUCUCUGAUCGACAUGUUUCUCAAGUACCAGAAGCUGCAUAUAUUCAGAGCAGCAGAACCAGCGCUGAAGAAUCGCUGGCAAAAUAUAACGUGUAAUGAGGAAACGAACCUGCAAGGUGAACACUGCUUGGAAAGACGCAACCAGAAUCUGGCCACUAGGGCUCAGCUGGCGAAGCUUUUGUUUGAGUAUAAUGAGGAGGAUGAAGAAGUUGAUGAUGAAGAUGAUGAUGAUGAGGCAGAAGAAGCCAAUUUUGAUAAGCCAUUCAUGAUGAAUGCUUUACAUAAGGGUUAGAUUAAAAAUGAAGGACCAAUCUGCCUUUCUUAAAGGGACCUUCUUGGUGUAGCAUGAGUCUCAAAUAUAUAAUUUUUAUGCAUGCAAAUCUGUUUAAGUAUAUCUGAAGGACAUGAGCUAGAAGUAUGAGCAGUAAGUCUGACUCCAUAGUAAAGCUUUUGAUACUUGAUGAUUUUUUUUAAGUGGAAACAAUGUAGAUUGAAAGAGACUGAAUGAUAUAGAAGUAAUGUACAUGCAUGUUUAUGUAAAAAUUUGCUUCCAAAUUUUCCU